AUGGAUCCAGUUUUAGGUGACGUUAUUGCAACCAGAAUCUAUAAAGCUUGCUUCAAGCACGUUUAUGGCAAGAAUAUGAAGGCUUAUUCUGAAAAGGAUGAGGCCAAGUUCGACCAAUGCCUCACCAGCUACGUCGAAUCUUACAAAUCAGUUACCAAUCACUUUAUCACUUAUCUUGGUCAACUCCCUAAGAAGGGUUUAUCUCUUGAUGGUUCUUGA